UUGUCGUUCCCCUAAUAUGUAGAAGUUUGUCUAAGUUUGUAACCUACGAAUUAUUUUUUUUUGUAAAAACAUUCUUUAAGCAAAAUUAAAUCAUCAAAUUUUUGCAUUUAAUAUGUGGAAUCAACUGUUUAGGAGCUCUAGAAUUCUUGCAUUAAGUGUUCUAAACAGUAAAUUAUGCAAUACAGGCAAACAAUUUUCUAUUUGGUCUAUGAAACAUUAUGAACAAUCUGUUGGUUCAUUUAAUUUGUGCAAAACAACAUUAUUACAACCACCAAUGAUGACCAUUACAGCUCAGAGAGGUAUGAAGCAAGUUGGAAACUGUAAAAGAAGAUGUAAAGAUUGCUAUUAUGUUGUGCGGCAAGAGCGAUUAUUUGUUAUGUGCAAGACACAUCCGCGACACAAGCAAAUGUCAAUGAAGAAACGUCAAAAAAAUACUUGGAUUCUUACCGAUGCAACUCAAUCGAUUCAAAGAGCUUGGUAAAGAUUUAAAAAAUAAUUAAAAAUAUUUUGAAAUAGUGUAACUAAUUUAGAUUUUCAAAUAAAAUUUUAUUUCUAAUUUUAUGUAUUUUAAAUGCUCAACUAAAUAUACUUUUUUUAAAAUUUAAAA